GGUCCGAUGACUUUCAAUAAGGACCUGACAGGCCGAAAUGUGACCCUCAGCCAAGGAGGACAACUCGCGUCCAGAGACACCUCGUCCUUUCUGAACGGUUUGGUGUUUCUCAGCCGCACUGUUAAAGUGGAAGAAAAGCUGUGUGUGCAUAUUGAGGACUGCACCUCGCAGUGGGAUGGAGCUCUUCGUGUGGGUUUCACCAACAUCUGCCCACAAAGAAACAAUUUACCAGCUACUUCAAUACCAGACCUCAGGGACGCACAGGGAUACUGUGUUGUGCCAGUACCUGAGGACUUGUCUAGGUGCGGUGUACAGAUUCAGUUUUGGAUAAACUAUGCAGGCAUGGUUAUUGUGCAAGAGAUAGGUGGGGAGAAAUAUUACCUCAAAGCAAAAGGACUUAACCUGAAUAAUCCGCUUUGGGUUUUCAUUGAUCUGUACGGGAGCACAAGCGCCGUCCGCCUUCUGAGAUCAAGGAGGGGCAGUCGAACCUCAUGCCCAGUUUGUCCUGAAGACAGUAGUUCUGGCAUCAACUGGCCAGCAAGAGCGGUCGAGCGACAAACAUCAGAGGAAGAGCAUAGUAAUAACCAAAAAGCAGAAUCCAGAAAGGUCCAGAAAACAUCAUCUUACUGGAAACCGAGUCUCUUUCUCGUACAAUAUGCCAAUCAGACGACCAUCCCAAGCCCCAGAAAAAGUUCAGAACUCACAAGAGCUGGUUUAGGCAUAUCUGUUCAGGAGUCAAGAGGGGUGGAUCUAAACUGGACUUGGCGAGAGCUGAAUCUCUUCAUUUGCUCCAGAUAUCCUUUGGUCGACCUGGAUGCGAUUGGUUUCCAUUUUGCAAAGACUGAUAAACGUGGACGACUUUGCAGAUUACAUUCAGACACUCUCAAGAAACUAAAAAAGGAGCUGGCUGACAACAUACUUUAUAUAGUUCCUCAGACAGACAUUAUUCUAAAUGAGAUGACCACCAACACAAGAUCAUCAGUCAUGUAUGCAAAUGCUUUCUCACCAUCACGUUCUCCUCCACCUGUUCCUGCACAACAGAGACACCGUCUGACUUCAACCAGCAGCUUUCUGUCAGAUUCAAGCCGAAACUCUUCAAUGGAGGACAUGGACUUUAUCUCUUUGCUCAGAGAGUUUCAGCACAUGCAUCUCAGUGGCAGUGAGAAUGUUUCAGUUUUGGUUUCUCGUAACAAGGUGCUGCAGAGUGCUAAAGAUUCUGUUUCCAACUCUAAUUUCCCUUGGACCAAAACCCCUCUCGUGACGUUUAAUGGCGAGGGAGCUCUUGACUGUGGAGGUCCACGGAGAGAGUUUUUCAGAAUCCUGAUGAUGGAGGUGCAGAGCUCUCUGGGCAUCUUUGAGGGGCAGCCUGGACACCUGUUCUUCACCUAUGACCAGAUGGCGCUGGAGGAACACAAGUAUGAGUUGGCGGGGAAGCUGAUUGCGUGGUCUGUGGCUCAUGGCGGGCCAGGACUCAAAUCUCUUGACCCCUGCCUGUACCAGCUGAUGUGCACCCAGGAAUGUCAACUGGUAGACUUUGACUGGCACCUUAUACCAGAUGCUGACAUUCAGGACAAACUGCAAAAGAUUACAUCAUGCAAAACAACGGCAGAUCUCCAGAGGCUGCAGACAGAGCUGGGCGACUGGAUCUGUGAUUGUGGUUUCCUUGGAAUAUACAGACAUGGAAUUUCCAUCCGAGAUGUUCCGAAGAUUUACUCCUUUGCAGUUCGACACUACAUAUAUCUAAGAACAUCAAAUAUGAUUCAUCAGUUCACACAGGGACUGAAUGCUUAUGGACAGUUCUGGGAUAUGGUGAGAACUCAUUGGGUUGAGUUUCUACCCAUCUUUACCAACAUGCAUGAGCCCCUUUCCAAAAUCACAUUCAGAGACUUAUUCCAAAUCCACUGGAGUAAAUCAGGGACCAAGAACAAGGAGGCUGAGGAAGAGACUAUACACUACUGGGAACUGGUGCUUCAGAUGAUUGAAGAUAAAAAACCAAAAGGUCCGGAAAAUGACUUGCAUUUUGAGGAAAUAUUGGCUUUCAUAACCGGAGCAGAUGAAGUCCCGCCACUUGGGUUCUCCCAUAAGCCCAGCAUUCACUUCUACCAGCCAGAGCAGCGUGGAUGCCGUCUACCAUAUGCUAACACGUGCAUGAUGGGAUUGUUCCUGCCCAGGGUCGUAAAAGAUGAAGUGGAACUUUACAGGAUGCUCCUGAGAUCAAUCAGAGACUCCGCUGUUUUUGGGAGAACAUAAACCUAUAUAUAAUUCUCCAUUAUAAUGGGCAUGGUCACAUCCAUAAUAUAUAGUUACAUAUGUUUAUAAGCUUUAUUUAAUAAUUUAUUCUAAUAUUUCAUUACAUAAGAAACACUUACUUUCAGUUAUUUGUAUAUUCUGUAUAUUUUGACAUAAAGAUGCCAGAUAAAUUUUUUUUAUA